GUACAUACGUGACUAUCGAUUAUCCGGUGGAGCAAUCUGAUGAAAUUUUGUGCACAUUUUAAUAAGAUUUUCUCGAGAAAAACACUUCAUUAAUCAUCAUUGUCGAACAGAAUAGGAUGCCCGCGGACUUGGCUGAUUUAACCAUAAGCGCCCUCUUCACCUCUGAGAAGAGUGGCAGCGACGAGUCUGGAGAUGGCAGCGAGGCCAAGCCUUAUAAGAGCAUCUUGCAGGCGAUGCGCCAUGCCGGCAAGGAGCCGUUCCCGACCAUCUACGUGGACAGCAAGGACCCGAACGCCGCGGAGGCUUUUGAGCCUGCUGCCAAGUCCCAGCUGAAAAAGAUCCAGAAGCUGUUCGUGCGUGAGGGACACAAGAACGCCGAAAAGCAGCAGCGUGAGGCUGGGGAUGCCGAGAAGCGCCAGCAGAACCUUGAGGAGGCGCGCAAGGUUAAGAUCUCGGAGGACCCCAGCUGGCCCGUGGCCCGCAAAAUCCGCAUCAUGGAGGGAACCGACAACCGUGGCUCUCGAGUUAAGGUCUAUGGCUGGGUGCAUCGCCUGCGCCGCCAGGGCAAGGCUCUGAUCUUCAUCACGCUGAGGGAUGGCACUGGGUUCCUGCAGUGCGUGCUCAACGACCAGCUCUGCCAGACGUACGACGCUCUCACCCUGAGCACCGAGAGCACUGUGGUGCUGUUUGGCACCCUGAAGCUGGUCCCGGAGGGCAAGUCCGCACCUGGGGGCCAUGAGCUCAAUGUUGACUACUGGGAGUUGAUUGGACUAGCGCCACCGGGUGGCGCCGACGCUAUACUGAACGAGGAGGCGCAGCCGGAUGUGCAGCUGGACAACCGGCACAUCAUGAUCCGUGGCGAGAACACCUCCAAGGUGCUUAAGAUGCGGUCUGUGGUGAUGCAGGCCUUCCGGGCGCACUAUUUCGCACGUGGCUACAAUGAGGUGACGCCUCCCACAUUGGUGCAGACCCAGGUGGAGGGCGGCUCCACGCUGUUCAAGCUUCAAUACUUCAGUGAGGAGGCCUAUCUCACGCAGAGCUCGCAACUGUAUCUGGAGACCUGUCUCCCGGCACUGGGUGAUGUCUUCACCAUUGCACAGAGCUAUCGGGCGGAGCAGAGCCGCACGCGCCGUCAUCUGGCCGAGUACACACACAUCGAGGCAGAGUGUCCCUUCCUCACUUUUGACGACCUUUUGGAUCGGCUGGAGGACCUCGUUUGCGACGUGGUCGAUCGUGUGCUGAAGUCCCCAUGGGGCCAUCUUGUAAAGGAGCUGAACCCCGACUUUAAGCCGCCGACGAAGCCCUUCCGCCGCAUGAACUAUUCCGAUGCCAUCAAAUGGCUGAAGGAGAACAACGUGACCAAGGAUGAUGGCACUUUCUACGAGUUUGGCGAGGACAUUCCAGAGGCCCCCGAGCGCAAGAUGACCGAUGCCAUCAACGAACCCAUAAUGCUGUGUCGCUUUCCGGCCGAGAUCAAAUCGUUCUACAUGUCGCGCUGCCCGGAGGAUAAAACUCUUACCGAAAGCGUAGACGUGCUGCUUCCCAAUGUUGGCGAAAUCGUCGGCGGGUCCAUGAGGAUCUUCGACAGCGAGGAGCUGCUCAAGGGCUAUCAGCGCGAGGGCAUCGACCCCAAGCCCUAUUACUGGUACACCGAUCAACGCAUCUACGGAACGCUGCCUCAUGGCGGCUAUGGUCUGGGACUGGAGCGCUUCCUCUGCUGGCUGCUCAACCGCUACCACAUUCGCGAGGUUUGCCUCUAUCCACGUUUCCUCGACAGAUGCAAGCCCUAAGCAUUUGCUAUCCAUCUAGCGCCAGCAUUUAUAAAAAUAGUCCUCGAACUCGACUAUUUUCAGCUUCAGCUCUAAUCAUAGAAACCUAUCUGUAUCCAAAAUAUCCUCAAUAAAGGCAGCGCCUAUGCUUGAUCAGAA